AUGGCUGCAGACCCCAGCCAUAACGUGCACCCGGACUUGCUCCCGCACAUCCACCUCAUCAGCGCGUACCGCUACCCCCUCGUGCCACGCUUUGGCAUCCCCGAAGUGACCGAGUGGCUGCUCAACUCGCCACGCAUCGCCCGCGACGGUGCACCCUUUUUCUGGACGUUUCUCGACACGCCUCAGGAUGGCUCCAUCAUCUUGACCUGGCAGCCGCUGCAGCGCAUGGGCACCGAAUUUGCGUCUGACGGGUACGUCUGGCCGCGCGGCGAGACGUUUUACCAGCAUGAGAUCCGCGACGGUCUGAUUCUGGAGGUGUUCCACCAGCCCAUGGGCUACCGCCCGGGCGAGGAGUACGCCACCCACUCGCGGCGGCGCUUCCGUCUCAUGCCACCCAAGGUACCGAACCCCAACGCGCCCCAGGUCGACCCCAGCCUGUGGCUCGUCCACUACGGCCCCGUCGACGAGCGCGAGCCGACGCCCGUCAAGAAGAUCCGGCUCGACGCGCGCCUGCGCGCCAUGAUGGACCACCGCCAGAACCUGCAGCGCGCCGGCCAGAUCACGCGCAAGGAGUUUAUGCUGUCGGACCGCGUCAACUGGCCGCAGAUUCCGCUGCCGCGCGAUGCCCGCGUGCCGCCCGGCUACGCGACCGCCGGCGUGCCCCAGCAGAUGGCGUACCCGCCGAACGCAGGUGCCGCCGGAGGCGGCAGCCUCGCGCCGCCGCCUCCAGCCAAGCGCGCGCGGCACUCGGCAGCCAACGCGGCCGCCAACGCUGCCGCUGCAGCCGCCGCAGCAGCCGGCGGUGGGCCGGGCGGCCACGGCCCCUCGCCCAUGGACGCAGCAAUUUAUGACGACGAGGAGGAGUACACGCGCGGCGACAUGUUUGAUGUCAUCACCCCGCGCGACGUCAGCCUCGACCGCUACAAGCAGAACCACGAGUGGAUGGAGGAGGUCAUCUCGUCGCCGUACCGCAUCAACCAAAUCGGGUACGCAGACCUGGGCCUCGGGCUCAAGGGCGAGCUGGCGCCGAUCACGGAAGGCAUCUUUGAGGGCCAGGCCUUUGACGCAUCUCAACGCGUACCCAAGAACCCGUAUGUGGGCCGCCUGGAUGCUGGUCUCGCCGCCGAGUUCCGCAAGCGGGUGGAGGACAAGAUUUCGGCAACGAACGACGAGAUUGCCGAGAUGAAGGCGCAGCACGAGAAGCUGGUGGCCAGCCUGCGAACCAACUCGGCCAUGAAGAAGGCCGAGCACGAUUUGCGGUUUACGGCCGAGGAGACGGGGCCCGAGAUCUGGCGCGUGGAGGGUCGUCUGCACGGCGACGACGACGCAGCGGCGAACAAUGGGGCGGCCCGCGGCGACGCGUCUGGCGACGGCCACUGGAGCCACCAGAAGCACCAGAAGACGGUCGAUGAGGUCGUGUCGCAGGUGGAGAGCACAUUGGGCCGCAAGGUAGUCGCGUCGGGUGCGGUGGUGCGCGUGCAGGACGGUGGCUAUCGGGAACCGUCGCCUGAGCCCGAGCCGGAGCCCGAGCCGGAGCUGGUGCCUGAGGUGCCUCUGAUCAGCGCCCCUGACGGCACAGGAUUGACGGCACCAGGCAGCGUGUCUCUUUCACAACACCCGUCGCCCGCCGGCUCGCAGCUGAGUGGGAUCUUGAUUGGCGACGCUGACAUGGAUAUGGGUGACACGGCGGCCGGUAUGCUGGACCAGAUGGAGUCGGUGUUCUCCCCGGCAUCGACGCCUGUUAACUUCCCGACACCGGGGGCACAAGCACCCGCUGCACCCCCUCCUGCUUCAGGCCUGUCCAACGUGGCUACAGCGACGGGCGCUGCCGGUCCGACUGCCCCGACAGCUAUCGGUGCUGCUGGUUCCGGCACAGGCGCACCUAGGCAAGCAGCUGGCGAUGUGGCCAUGGCAGAUGCCGCUGGCCAGUCCCAGCCUGGUGCGGGCCCCACGGCUGGCGGUGCCGACGACUGGGUCGUGGUGCCCCCUGGUGGCGAUGGGCCCCCCGCAGGCGCUUCUGGUGCGGUACCCAACGCGACGACAGCUGCUGCCGGCACAGCACCAGUACCGCCGUCAACAUCAGGGGUACCUACACAGCCUGUCAAGUCGCCCCUGGCGGCUUUAGGUGGCGGCAGCAAGCCCGAGUCGGCUGUGCCAACGCCGGGUGCCGGUGCUGUCGUCGAUAGCGACUUUGGCUCACUUGCCGAUAUGUCGACAGGCGGCGACCCGCUGGCAAGCAUCGACGACGGCCUGGACCUGAACAUGGACAUGGACGACUCGGCCUUUGGUGACGCCUUCCACGGCAGCGGGGACAACUAG